GAGGAGUCUGAGAGUCUGACAGAUAUAAAGAGAGUUUGAGCCCGGCUGAAAAACACCAGCGCUGAGGUACUGCUUUAUUCCUCACUGAGCUUCACACAUUUACACCAGACCUCAGAUUAACCUGUUCAUCACUCUCUUCUAGGAGAACAGAGCUCUGCUGUGACCUGCUGUGGAGCGACUGAGUAGAUGGCACUGAUCUGGAUUUUGGCAGCGCUUCUCUCUGCUGCUUUGGCCAGUGACUGUAGAUUCAUGCAAUUCGACUGUUCUGACAUCUACAACUCAGGAGAAACUCUCAGUGGGGCUUAUACCAUCUAUCCAGCCGGAGACUCUCCAGUCUGUUACUGUCAGAUGGUCUCAGAAGGGAAAGAUGAAGAUAACGGAGGAUGGACGGUGAUUCAGAGGAGGAUGGACGGCAGUGUGAAUUUCUAUCGGCCGUGGAGAGACUACAAGAGAGGAUUCGGGAAUGUGGAGGGAGAAUACUGGCUGGGACUGGAGAACCUCUACCAGCUGACACGCCACAAGAAGUUCAUGCUGAGAGUGGAUCUGGAGGACUUUGAAGGAAGGAGAGGUUUCGCUCAGUACUCGUCCUUCUCUGUGGGUUGUGAAUGUGAAGGAUAUAAACUGCAGGUGUCUGGAUUCACUGAUGGAGGAGCAGGCGACUCUAUGACUCCCCAUAAUGAAAUGAAGUUCUCCACUUUUGACAAAGACCAAGACACCUACGAAAAGAACUGCGCCAAAGAGUAUCUUGGGGCAUUUUGGUAUGGAUACUGUCAUAAUACAAACCCCAAUGGUGUGUAUUUAUGGGAAGAUGAUUCCACUCAUUUUGCCAUUGGUGUCACUUGGUACAGCUGGAAAAACACUCAUGAUAUGAGUUUGAAAUACAUCAGCAUGAAGAUCAAACAUCUGUCAUAGAGGCUUUUGAGUAUUCUCAGGGGGGAAAUAGAUUCAACUCUUUCUACUGCUGCUGUAUCAUCUAUAAUGUUUACUGUACCAUAAAACAUAUAAAAUAACAGAAAACUAAAACAGGACACUACAAGAUCACUGUAGUUGUUUUUAGUUUUCUGUUAUUCUAUAUGUCUUAAUAGUAUUUGUGUUAAUAGUUAUUGUCCUGUGUCCUUAAUAUUUGGUGUAUGCCUGUACAUACGCUGCUUGUUGCUCAUUGGUUGUCUUUGUAAAUGAGAGCUGGUUAUUAAUUCACUAGCCUUAUUUAAUAAAGGUUAUUAUUUUUAUGAAUGCUGAAAACACUCUGCAUUUGAGAAUAUGUGAAGAUAGAAACUAGAAAAUGUCUUCUUUGUACAGUCUCGAGUCAUGAAUCAUGAAAAAUCACUGUGUUAGACUGCAGUUGUGUCAGUCACUGCAUUACACAAGUGGGUCAAUGUGAUGAUCUGUUAUUUUAAAGACAAAUUUUCAGAUUUUCAAUCCAAAUUACUUUAAUAAACAUUAGAUUAAAUCCA